GCCGGCGGCAAAUCGUUGGACGGGCUCGUCGCAGGCCGAUGGGCGCGACAGCUGUAUAGCAACCCCUCUUCAGAGAUGGCGGCCUCGCGCGCUUUCCACAGGCCGACGAGCUCGCAACAAGAAUCGCUUCCGGCUUCGAUCUCGUACGCUCAACCGCCUUCAGUCCCUAAUGGGUCGAAUCAGGCCACGCCCAAGGGCAAGCUCGGUCAGGCUUCGACGCAGUAUGCUCUCACAGAAUCUGCACGGUGGAACCCGAGCGCUUCUUCCGCCUUGGCCAACGAUUUCGAAGGGACGUACCUGUACGAUGACCAUGAAACCGGUCUGCCUGCAGGCGCAUCCCAUCACGGUCCCGCAAGAGUGGACGACGAGGAAGAUGACUUUUAUGGGGCAGACAGGACGAACUCCAGCUCUUCCUCCAGUCUCGGUCAGCCUGUCCUGCCACCGCCUGAAGCUGCCCGAUUCGGCUCGACGGGCUUAGACAGGCGGUUCGAUCAUCUCGCGCUCGGCGUACCUGACCUACCGCCUUCCUCGUCUGCCUCUUCUGCGUCUACUUCCUCGCUCAGGGUCGACACGGAUCCCAACACGCUCAGGCCUGAUGGGACGCGAGCUCCUACAGCUGCAAGAGACUGGUUUGCCGGUCACUCAGGUCCCAUACUGGGCGGAUUCCAAGGCAAUGGCGAGCUUUCCUCGAGCUUGUUCAAUUCACCUGUUCUGGCAUCCGGGCCCACCCUCGGCGGUACUCCACCUCCUGCGUCGCUAGCGGGAGGAGAUUCAUCAUCCGCUUCGACGACCAGCUUACCUCGAUCGACGGACAGCGCGCCCGUUCAGGAGAGCAUGUCUGCUGCCAAUGCUGCCGCAAUGAGACAGUCCCAUACCAGACUGUCUUCUUACGGCACUUAUGGCGAUCUCAAUCCGCCAGAAGUCGAUCCUUCGCGAAAUAGCCUAGGCGCGUCAAGAGGUGGCUACCCGAUUCAAGAUUUGGACGACGAGGAUGAUUUCUAUGGCCUUCCUCCUGCACAGCCAAUCCAACAAGCUCCACCAGCGCUGCCGAAAUCAGCAAGACAGAAUGUCGCAAAGAAAGGCAAAGCUCCAGAGGUUGAGCCCAUCGUGACGAAUGGCAAAGCUGCACAGCCCAAUCAACUCAAGAAGACGCCGGGCAUGCAGAACGUUGCGGAUCGCAACAGUUCGUCUACUGUUGGAAGCCAGAAGGAGGCAUCGAGGAGGGGAGAUUCGCCCGUCUCUUCCUCUUCUGCCAAUUCAACUCGUCAGUCUAUGCAACCCCAUCGCAAACCAAUGUCGACAGGCAGCAGAGCUCCUUCGAUCUACGACAGUCAACCUCACUCCACCGGGCCUUUGCUCGAUCACUCACAUCUCAGACCGGGAGCAAAAGUCUCCUUGCUCACUCAUACGAAAACGCUGGAACUCUACCGCGCCAAUGCACAAAAGACAAACGAUCCAGAACUCACAUUCGAGCUUGCUGUCUUCAUGCUGGACGUAGCGAGAGAAGCCAACGGGACAGAUCCUACCUCUCCAGCCGGUCCACCUUCGAAGAAGCUUACAGAAGAGAAAGCAAAGAGAGAAGCACUACUCACAGAAGCACUGACGCUCCUGAAGAAAGUCGCAGAUCGAGGUCAUGUGCCCGCUCAGGCUUUCUUGGCCGAUUGCUACACCCAGGGAAUUGGCACAAAGGGAAAACAAGAUUACGACAAGGCUUUCCCACUGUUUAUACUGGCAGGCAAACACGGUAAUGCCGAGGCGUGCUUUCGUACGGCUCAGCUGUGCGAAAACGGAUGGGGAUGCCGCAAGGAGCAGAGCAAAGCUGUAUCGUGGUAUAGGAAAGCAGCGGCACUUUCCCAUCCUGCAGCGAUGUAUCGUCUUGCACUGGCAGAGCUCAAUGGCGAGCUCGGUCUCAACAGGAGGGCGAAAGAAGGCGUCAAAUGGCUCAAGCGAUGUGUCGAACUCGCAGAAGCCGAACCCGAUCUGCCUACCAUUCAGGCCAUGCACGAUCUUGCGCUCUUGCACGAAAGAGGAAUCGAAAACGUCGUCUUUAUCGAUCACGAAUACGCCGCCGAGCUGUUAGCAAAGGCUUCAGAGUUGGGCUGGCAGCCUUCUGCUUACAAGCUCGGCGAAUGCUACGAAUAUGGACGGAUGUCAUGCCCCAAAGACCCAGCGCUAUCUAUACACUACUACAACAUUGCUGCUCAAAAGGGUCAUCGAGAGGCUUGCUUCGCUCUGACGGCGUGGUAUCUCGUCGGAUCGCCAGGAGUCUUACCUCAGUCGGAUACAGAAGCGUUCCUGUGGGCAAAGCGUGCUGCCGAUCAAGGCCUUUCAAAGGCCAUGUACGCUCUUGGCUACUUCUGGGAGGUUGGAAUCGGUACACCUCACUCGCUGAGAGAAGCAGUAGCCUGGUAUCGGCGGGCAGCAGAUGCGGGCGAUCGACGAGCGACCACUCGACUUCGCUCGCUUGGCUCAGAACGCACAGGUCUGGCAACUGCAGCAGCUCUCGGACCCGGACCGCCUUCUGCCGCAGCACGACGAGGUCAAGCGAUCGCGGUCGACAAUCACUACUCACGCGGAACGCUCAACGAAGCACCCUCGACGAUUUCAGAUAUGCGUCAGGGGAGCGCAUCAAACGGUCCUCCCCGACCUAUCGGCGGGAAUGGGACGAGUUACGCCAAGCGAGGUGCGCCGAGCGAUGGACCCAGCAGGAGAGAGAAGACGGUAGAACGCGAGCUCGCUCAAAGACGAGGCAAGAACGGACCUGACGAGAACUGUAUCAUCUCUUAGCAUACCCUGACCUAGCAUAACCUGUACGCAUAUUGGACCUCAUCGAGUCUGUCUGUCUGCCUGCCUGCCUGCCUGCCUGCUCAUCCUGUACAAGUCUUGAGCUUGAAGCGUGCAGGGGCCUAUCCGCUAUCUGGCUCGAGCUUGGG